AUCACACUCCAAAACGACGCAAAAUGAACAAUAAUACGACACAGAACUCAACUUCGGAACCGAAGCUUCUGAGUUCAUAGUUCAAUUGGUAGCUUCUAUUAGUCAGCUAUGGCUACAACCACCGUCAAACCGCUUCUUUCGCCACCGUCGCUACUACUACUACUUCUAUUUUCGUCACUACUUUCGAUCUCUAUCGCUUACAAACCCGGUGACAUAGUCCCUAUGAGCCGCAUGGGUCAAUACCACUCCUCGAGAACCGUGUGGCAGGAUCUCAUUGGUCGCCAUUGUCCCAUCUUCGCAGUGAAUCGUGAGGUUUUGAUACCUAUACCUAAGCCAACUGGUUACACUGGAGCUGAUCCGUAUAAAUUAUCAUUUCAAGUUGGAAGGGAGAAGUUUUAUAUCCCAUGGCUUCUAGUGGUAAAUCGGAAAAGUACAGAGGUUCCAAUGAUUGAUAUAGAACUGAAAUAUUCAGGAAGUGAUUUGCUUGGUGUUACUGCAAAAGUUGUUGAUAUGCCACAUCACUAUGUUGAAGUUCAUCCUGAGAUCCGUAAACACUUUUGGGAUGCUCAGCAUUGGCCAAAACAUAUACUUGCCCGAUACACAUGGAAGGAACAUUCCGAGAUAGAUGUAACUUCAGGAUUUUUUGUUCUGUUUGGUUCAGGGCUCUUGCUGUCUUUCAUCCUCUCAAUCUAUACAUUGCAAUCUUCGCGUGACAAAUUGGAAAGAUUCGUAAGGGAAACGGUUGUAGAAAGCAGCAUCCCUGUUGGAGAGAUAGCAAAAGUUGAAUGAUGCUUACCUAAUGUCAUUAACAAGGUCAGUUGGAAGUGGGAAGUUGUUCUUGCAUUAUGCAUACACAACUAAGAACCAGUCGUUUCUUUUCUUGAUGGAGGUGGGUGCGAAAUGGAGUGGGUUGAUUUUAUCAAGGACAAGGGAUGUGUUGUAAGUAACAGAAAAUGUUGAUAUUCAAUAUAUUACAAUUCAUAUGGAAGGCUGGAUUUGUAACAUUGUAUUAGGUUAAAAUGCUUGAAAGGCUAUACAAAAACAAAUCAAAACAUAGCAUAUUAAGUUUAAACUCUUUUAUCAUUGAACUUAAUUUCAUUAUUGAA